UGUGUUUCCCCCCGAUCAGCUGUUGUCAGGAGGAUGACGUCGCUUCCGGUCUCACCCGACAUUACAACAACAAGGCAGGCGAGCGGAGCCGAGCCGAGCUGAACCGAGCAGAGGGGCAAAGAGACGACGGUGCCGCCAGAGGAAACAGAAAUCCUACAACUGAAGAAUUCCUAUCAACAUAGUUGGAGUCAGUGACUUCCCCCACAGAUGAGGCUGAUGUUGUAGCGGGGGACCCACAUCCCCCCCCACAGUCAGACCAGGGACUGUUUUAGGUGUGUUGCUGAGUCCAGGAUGGAGAGGAUUUGAGGACACGCUCUCCUCAGGUGACUCCUGAGUUGUGACACCGAUUCUUCAGAGCCCAGCCUGCUAGUAAUAUGAGCCAUGGACUCUGGGGCACUUGAUAGUCCUGUAACCCUGGUCAUUAAGGCCCCCAACCAGAAGUAUGAAGACCAGACCAUCAACUGCUUCCUCAACUGGACCGUGGAGAGGCUGAAGAGUCACAUCUCUAACGUGUACCCCAGCAAGCCGCUGUCUAAAGACCAGCGGCUGGUGUACUCAGGACGGCUCCUUCAAGACCACCUGCAGCUCAGAGAUGUGCUCAGAAAGCAGGAUGAAUACCACAUGAUGCACCUAGUGUGUACCUCUCACAGCCCCCCAGCCUCGCCCAUCCCUCGCAGCCCCUCCAUGGCCAACUCCUCAGCUUCGGACUCCAGCAGUUCAGACAGUGCCGGCGCCGCCUCCUCUGCCAACACACCGAGUCAGGACAGUCAGCCAGCCGCCUCCUCCUCGUCUGUCCCAGGAAGUUAUGACGGUUUGCGGUAUCGCGGCGGCUUCCCCCCGUACGACCCUCAGGGCCCACCUGGUGUUCCUCAGUGGCCAGAUGGAGCCCAGGUUCCUCUGCACGGCGGCCUCCCUGCCAACAUGCCCCCCCACCCCAUGUACAUGCCCAUGCAGAUGCUGUGGUGGCAGCAGAUGUAUGCUCGUCACUAUUACAUGCAAUAUCAAGCAGCAGUAGCAGCCUCUCAGCCUCCCAGCGCUGCCUCCCCUCCUUCCUCUCCCUCCCCCUCCUCACCACAUCCGCCCGCCCAGCCCAACGAAGCUGUGCAGCCCCCUUUAGGGGGUCCAAACCCGGACCCCAACCCUCUACCAGAGAACCAGCCGGCCAACCCUAACAUCCAGAUGAAUGCGCAGGGCGGCGCCGUGAUGAACGAUGAUGAGCUGAACCGCGACUGGCUGGACUGGUUGUACACGGUGUCUCGCGCCGGCGUCCUGCUCAGCAUCGUGUACUUCUACUCCUCCUUCAGCCGCUUCGUCAUGGUGGUCGGCGCCAUGCUGCUUGUCUACCUGCAUCAGGCUGGAUGGUUCCCCUUCAGGCCGGAUCAGCAGAACCUUCGAGGAGGAGAAAGAGCCGGAGCUCCUCAGGGGGAAGCAGAGAGACACCAGGACAUACAGGAAAUCGAGCGUCUGAUGGAUGAGGGGAUAGAGGAUGAUGACAGUGGUGAGGAAGGAGGUGGAGGCUCUGAGGACCAGGCAGCCGCUGCUCUCCCUGAGCCCAGCUUCCUCACCACCGCGUGGUCCUUCAUCAGCACCUUCUUCACCUCGCUCAUCCCCGAGGGACGACCCCACCCGGCCAACUAGAUGGACCCCACCCUUUCUGGCCUACCUCUUAAAUAACCCCCCCCCCCCCCCAUCCUCCUCCUGCCAUCAGGUACACAAGUAUCACAAUUCCCCCCUUCAUCUUCACUGUCCUGAAUAACCCCCUUUACCCUGGAAGCACCCCGGCCAGUCGGCAACAAACCUCCUAGAAGCUGCCAACAAAAGGACUGAUAUAUAAAACAGGCUCCUCUGAAGUUUAAGAGCAGAAGCAGUAAGUUCUGCAGGCGGGUGGGAGAAUAAAACUGACAUAUAGAAAGUAAAUACGACGCUUCAGCAGUGAAAGUUUUUUUGUUUUGUUUUGUUUUCUUUCAUCGAUCGUGGAUUCAUUGAGACGUCUUGAUGGUCAGAGACACCAGAGGGAGCUGUCUUCCAUUUUAAGAAGUGAUGAGGUCCCAGUGAGGGAUGUGACACAGACACACAGGAAAAAGUGAAAAUCAGGAAACGACGGGGAGACGUUGGUCCUGAACAAAUCAUGAGAAAACGCAUCCCUGAAGACAUUUUCAUGUAUGCACACGAUGUGCAUAGUAACAUUGCAGCUAUUGAAGCACAUUGUUUUCUCCCACUUUGUGUAUUUGAACAUUAUCUAUUUACACAUGUAAGUAUAUGCAUCUUUAAUUCCUGAAUAUAAGCUUUUUUUGAAUAAAAACCUUGCUGCGGUU